AGUCUGGAGCUAGUGGGAGGGCACAAUAUGUGAUAUGGGCACGGAGUACUGGGGAGAUAUGAUACUGGCGUUGAUUUCUUGGAUUUCAAAUACAUUCUCCAUAGCUGGUGAUGGAUCCAGCAAUAUGCAGGCGAUGCUAAUGGCAUGGCGGAGAGCGCGCAAUUAUAAUGAACUUAUUGUAUGAUCAGGUCAACAGGCUAUGGAUAGUAUGUGCUAUUCAUGUUUUCCUGAUUCUGCAACACAUUUCCAUCAACGCUGUUUCGACAGCAGGCAGGCUACCGCAGGCCUGUCUUGAAGCUUUUGAUGUUUCAUGCACUAUUACCAAAAAAGGUACAAAGUAAAUAGCGGCG